UCUAUCGAGGCAACCAACCAACACCAGCAGCUACAAUCGGCAGCGCUCGGCUAGCAAGCGACUAUGGAGCAAGAAGCACAAGCACGACCGGUGCGAGAACUGCUCGACGAGGCCAAGCGCGAUCUUGCGUUCAAGCGUUGGGCCACUGCAGCCGAUAAGUUUGGCGAGGUCCUCGAGCAGCUUCGUGAAGAGCACGAGGAAGAUGCACCCAUCCUGGCCCCCGUCUUCCACAAGUACGGUCAUGCGCUUCUGGAGCACGCCAUCGCCACCUCGGGCGCAUUGGGUGGUGGUGGUGGUGGGGGAGGCAAAGACGCGCCAAUGCCGACACGACAAAACGGACCAAGCAAGACGGUAGCUUCGGCACGCGCAGACAAUGCCUCUAGCGAAAAAGAAGGCGAAAAGGCCAUCGCUGAAGCAUCGGGGUCAAAGGAGACAGCAGACCCGCGGUUCACAUUCGGCGGGGAUGCAGAGGACGAAGAAGACGAAGAAGAGCAGGGCGAGGGCCAAGAGGAAGAGGAAGAGGAAGAUGACCUGGGCACGGCCUUCAGCGUCCUGGAGCUGGCUCGCGUAACCUAUGAAAAGGUUCUUGCCGCCGGCGAGACGGCCUCGAUCGCUACCGUCGAAGGCGAAACAUGGCAUGAGACUGACAUCAAGGCCCAGCUGGCUGAGGUCUUGAACGACUUGGCAGACGUAGGUCUCGAGUCAGAGAACUUCCAGCAAGCCUCGUCAGACUACGAGACCUCGCUAGGCUUGCUCGGACCCCUCCUUCAACCACACUCUCGUAGGCUUGCUGACGCCUACCUCCGCCUCGGUCUUGCCCUCGAAUUUCAUCCGGAAGCCAGCCGCCGAAGCGAGGCAGAAAAGUAUGUCCAAGGCGCCAAAAACACCCUUGUCAAGCGAGUCGAAGCACUUGAGGCUCGUCUCGGCCUCUUGCAGCGUGGAAAGCAGGGUGACGAAGAACUGGCAAAGGCUCAAGAGGCAGCCGCCGAGCUGAGGACGGAAAAGGCAGUCGCGGAGUCUGAAGAGAGGCUUCGGGAAGAGGGCGUGGUGAGAACAAACGGUAAGGGCAAGGCUAGGCUUGACGACGAAGCCCAACGCGUCGAGAAGGACGAUGUGUUGCGCAUGGACGAGGAUCUCGUCAACAAGGAGCUCAAGGACGUGAAGGAAAUGAUGAACGAGCUGGACCUCAAGCUCGAGGAGUACAAAGCGGCACCGCCUGGCUCCUCCUCUCUCGAUUCGGGCGCCGCUGGCCCCGGAGCAGGAGACAAGGCCGCGCUUCAAGAGGCCAUCAAUGAGGCUCUCUUGGGCGCAAGCACGAAUGCCAACCCCAUUUCCGGUGGAUCGACUGCUGCGCACACCGGUCCUGUCAACGACUUGAGUGGCAUGGUGAAGAAGAAGAAGAAGCCCGCCGACGAGAGCGUAGCAGGCGCACCAUCGACCGAGAAGAGGAAAGCCGAAACAGAGGAGCAAGAUGCAGGCUCAAAAAAGGCAAAGGCGGCAGAAUAGAGUGCGGAUAUCUUGUACCCUUACAUUCCUGGUGUCUUUCAGUGAUGAUGUGAUCUUCUUCUGGCAAUCUUCG